CCACCCCGACAAGCACCGAGAGGAAGAAUCUAUGUCAUGAGGCAAGAUGAGGCUGAGAAUGAUGACACUGUUAUUACUGGUACCUUCUCUAUCCAUUCUUUGCCUGUCCAUGUUUUAUUUGAUUCUGGAGCUUCACAUUCUUUCAUUUCCCCAUUGUUUCCAAAAGCCUGAACUUGCAACCAUCAUGUGACUUUUCCUCUCUAAGUGUUGCCCUACCUACUGGAGAAACUGUGAGAUGUAGAGUCAUGUAUAGAAAUUGUCCAAUUGUGUUGGGGAAAGUUGAGUUUCUAGUUGACCUUGUAGAGUUUGAGUUAUCUGAGUUUGAUGUGAUUUUGGGGAUGAAUUGGUUGACUAAAUAUGAGGCUGACAUCAAUUGUGUUAAGCAGAGUGUGACUCUUAAAGCACCUGAUGAGCGUAGAGUUUCAUACCAAAAGUUUGUGACAAAACCUCAAAUCCAAAUUGUUUAUGGGUUGAGAGCUCAAAAGAUGCCUGAGUUUGACAAUUUUGGGUACCUUUGUAGUGUCAUAGAUUUAAAUUCCCUUAAACCUUCCAUAGUUGAUAUACCUGUGGUUUGUGACUACCCAAAUGUGUUUCCCGAUGAGAUACCUGGUAUGCCUCCACAAAGAGAAUUAGAUUUUAGCAUCGAGAUAAUCCCAGGAUCAGCCCCCAUUUCCAAGGCACCCUAUAGGAUGACCCCAACCGAGUUACAAGAAUUGAAGAAAAAAUUAGAUGAGUUACUUGAAAAAGGAUAUAUUCGACCGAUUGUGUCACCUUAAGGAGCCCUAGUUUUAUUUGUAAAGAAAAAGGAUGGAAGUUUGAGGUUAUGCAUUGAUUAUCGGGAAUUAAACAAGAUCACCAUUAAAA